GGCGCGGGCGUGCGCGAGGCUGUCGAGGCUGGAUUCGACCGGAGCUCCUUGAGCGCGGAUGCGAAAGCCGCGCCGGAGGUCCUGGCGGCUUACCUGGAGCGAUUGCCAAAGGUGCGCGCUCAAAGUUGCCGGGAGACACUCCGGCAGCGACUUCAGGAAGCGAGAAUCGACUUAGAGUGGCCAGGAGAAGGAGGGUCCUCUUCCUCAUCAGCGCCAGCCACUAGUGGGACGGGCUCGUUGCCGCAGGACAUAGCUUCUGGACACACACUCGAAGGUCUCUAUGCGCUGCCCACGUGGCAGCACCGCUGGACGAUGCAAUCGCACCUCGACGGGGUGCGCUGCGUCUUCCUCGACGACAAGAACUCUCUGCUGGUCUCGUGCGGCGAGGACGUCGUGGUGAAGUGCUGGGACUUGAGCAGCAUUUGGCAGAUGCCAGAUGCGGAUGAGCUGGAGCCCUAUGCCGCACUCCGCGGCCACAGCGCGCCGGUCUUCACUUUGGCCUUCCGUCCCCAGGACCGUACCCUUUUCAGCGCCGGCAUGGAUAGCACCAUCCGCGCUUGGCUGCUACCAGAAAGUGGGGAAGGCAUCCUGAGACGUGGCGAGCUGAUUGGCCACACGGAUGCCGUGUGGUCGCUGCAGCAUCAUGCGCAUUUGCCCUACCUGGCGACGGCCUCUUCGGACGGUCUUGUGGGCCUCUGGUCUGCUGAGGCGGACGCGCUGACGAGAGGGGGCUGCCGGAUGCAGGCCUCCUUGAUGUUGCGGCAACCUGGCGGAGGGUCAUCCGAAGAGUUGGACGUGCCGACGACUGUCUGCUGGGUGCCUGCGGAUACCACUCGCUUGCUGGCGGGCUAUGUGUCCUCCAGGAUCGCCGUGUUUGACGUGCGGAAGGGUACGCAGGUCCUUGAUCUCCUUCCACAAGGUCUUGGAUGCGACGACAGCAGAGGAGAUCGUGGGGGAGGUGCCUCUGCAAGCGCUGCAGUCACCUCUUCCUGCGCCCGCAACUUUGGGCAACUGAUGGCGACAGGACAUGUUGAUGGUCAAGCUCGCCUCAUCGACCUCUCUUCCGGCAGGUUUGUGGGCGAGCUGCCGGAGCACCCGGAUGUGGUGACCUCCGUGAGCCUCGACCACACCAAGGCGCAGCUCAUCACCGGCUGCCACGACGGUGUCCUCCGGACCUUCGACCUCCGCAACCAGCGGUGUUGCCAGCAACUACACCUCCACGAUCUGAA